AUGAUGCAGAGGAGGAAGAUAAAGGCUUUAUGUGUGCAAGAGACAAGGUGGAAGGGCAAUAAGGCAAAGAUCUUAGCUGAAGGCUAUAAGCUAUUUUAUAGUAGUGAAAGCCCGGAAUCAAGAAAUGAAUUUGGUGUUAUUCUGCACAGAGAGCUUCAAGACGAGGUAUGUGAAGUCAGCAGAGUAAAUGGUAGGAUCAUGUAUGUUAAGAUGAUGUUUGGCGGAGAAAUGGUAACAGUGCUGACAGCCUAUGCGCCCCGAGCGGGAUGUUCGGAGGACGAGAAGGAAACAUUUUGGAGAGAUUUGGAUGGAGUAAUGGUCGGAAUACCAGAGAAUGAAAGAGUUAUAGUUGGAGGGGAUCUAAAUGGCCAUCUUGGUGGAAGGAAAGAGAGUGUGCAGGAGUGGUGGAAAAUAAAUAGUGCUGUUAUAAGGAAGACCGGGGAAGAAGUGUUUGGGUUAACAUCUGGGAGAGGGGUGCCAAAAGAUAAGGAAGCAUGGUGGUGGAAUGAAGAAGUGCUGAAGGUUGUCAAGGAAAAGAAAGACGCUAAGAGGAAGUGGGAUGUGUCCAGAAGUGCUGAGGAUGGGCAAGCAUACAAAAGUGCAAAGAAGGAGGCAAAACGAGCCGUGGCUAAAGCUAAAGCUGAAUGA